AUGUCCGUUCGUCAGCUUCUCGUUGCCGGAUCUCUGGCCAGCCUGGCCAAGGCCUUGCCUUUCCCCCAGCCUGGCGAGAUCAUGGACAAGUUCUAUCGAGCCCUCGAUGCCAGAUCUACCGUCGACGUCCUUGCCAGAGCGACCGGGGAGACGGUCACCAACCCCAAUCUCGCCGUCUACACCGUCAACGACUACGAUGGAAUCGGCGCCGGAACCGAUUCAUACACCUUCUACAGCGGAGACGGCUCGACUGCCGAUGGCUGGCCUGACCAGUCGCAAUGGGUCUCCUUCAUUGAUAUGUUCAACAACAACAAGAACGCCAUGUUCUCUGGCUGCGACCAGUACGGCGUCGCCGACGACAGCGGCCCCGAGGUGGGCAGUAUCUGGAACGCCAUCGAGCAGGUCGCCGCCGAGACGUACGUCGACCACCGCUUCAUCCUGGCCGUCAUCAUGCAGGAGUCGACCGGCUGCGUCCGUGUGCCGACCAGCUACGGCUCCGUUCCCAACCCGGGUCUGAUGCAGGACCACGACGGAUCGGCCACCUGCAACUACGGCAACGGCGAUGUGGUGAACCCUUGCCCGCAAGACACCAUCACCCAGAUGGUGAGCGAAGGAACUGCCGGUACAACCACCGGCGACGGCCUGGCCAACUGUCUGAACUAUGCUCCUGCCGGAGCAGGCGCCCAGGCCUUCUACCAGGCCGCCCGGAUCUACAACUCGGGCUCGAUCGACCCCAGCGGUGACCUGGGUAAGGGUGUUGCCACGCACUGCUACGCCUCGGACAUUGCCAACCGCUUGACCGGAGCAGCAGCUUUUGGUCCUUCUGGUAUAGUGGUCACCACUUUCGGCAAGAAUGUUGAUAUACUCUUUUUGGAAAGCAAGCAAUUAUCGACAGCGAUCACUAUUAUAAUUUUCCCGGACUGCCAGAAUGGCUUUCUCGCCGUGUGGGAUGGAUAUGCUUUUGUUGCCGAAAUUUGCGUGCAUGUACCCCUCGAGCAGUCGCUAACAUCCACAACAAUGUCAUUACCAGACACUGUCUCCGAUAAUUUAGAACUACCAUCUCCGCCAACCUUCCCCCUCCCCGAGAGGCCGAAGCUAUGCUGGUCAAACGACCAUCAUCGGACCCCAGCACUCAUCAAACGCCGCGUCUGGACAUUCCGGCAUCCCGAAUUCGGCGAGAUGACUCGCCCCUACUACGUCUGCACCACGUGCGACAACUCCAAGACCAACGUCAACCGCAACUGCGGCUACCCGCGCGGCUUCAUCACCUGGGACGACGACGUCGGCCUGCACCCCGACAACCCCAAAUGCUACUGCGGGUUCCCGAGUCGCCAGGACCGGAAGUGCAGGAAGACGGGCUUGUUCGGCGACGACGGGUUCUGGGUCUGCGCGUCGGGCGGCUGUCGCUAUUACUCCGAUGAGAAGGAGGGCGUGCCCUAUGAGGAGGCCAAGUACUGGCCUGAUUAUGAUGAAUUUCGUCCCCAUCUUUUGCAUGGAAUGCCGGCUUUUUGUUGA